AUGGCCGGAGAGCUCAGCAUCGGAGCCGAGCUGCCCACUAGCCCGCUGGCCAUGGAGUACGUGAACGACUUCGACUUGAUGAAGUUCGACGUGAAGAAGGAGCCCCUGGGCAGGAACGACCGCUCGGGCAGGCACUGCACCCGCCUGCAGCCGGCCGGCUCCGUCUCCUCCACCCCCAUCAGCACUCCCUGCAGCUCCGUGCCCUCCUCGCCCAGCUUCAGCCCCACCGAGCAGAAGACCCACUUGGAGGACCUGUACUGGAUGGCAAACAGCUACCAGCAGAUGAACCCCGAGGCGCUGAACCUCACCCCAGAGGACGCUGUCGAAGCCCUCAUUGGGUCCCACCAGGUGUCCCAGCAGCUGCAGGGCUUCGAGGGUUUCCGGGCCCACCACCACCACCAUCAUCACCAUCACCAACACCACCACCAGUACCCCGCAGUCACUCACGAAGACCUGGCCGGCAGCGGGCACCCUCACCAUCACCACCAUCAUCACCACCAGGCCUCUCCCACUCCUUCCACCUCCUCCAGCUCCUCCCAGCAGCUCCAGAACUCGCACCAGCAGCAUCCCCCCUCCAGCAGCGUGGAGGACCGGUUCUCAGAUGACCAGCUGGUCUCCAUGUCGGUGAGGGAGCUCAACAGGCACCUCCGAGGCUUCACCAAAGAUGAGGUGAUCCGCCUCAAGCAGAAGAGGAGGACCUUGAAGAACAGGGGCUAUGCCCAGUCCUGCAGGUAUAAACGUGUCCAGCAGAAACACCACCUGGAGAACGAAAAGACGCAGCUCAUUCAGCAGGUGGAACAGCUCAAGCAAGAAGUGACCCGGCUCGCCAGAGAGAGAGACGCCUACAAGCUCAAGUGUGAGAAACUUGCCAGCAAUGGCUUCAGAGAGGCCGGCUCCACCAGUGACAACCCAUCUUCCCCUGAGUUCUUCAUGUGAGUGCUUAACAAAAAUAAUUAAAAAACAAACAAAAACCCCCCACCCCCCAAACCUGACC